UAUUGACUGUUUUAUUGUUCAUCAUAUUUACAGGUUAUCGAAAAAUAUCACUAUGUCAACCCAGUACCUGACGCGGAUACAUCUUCGAUGGCCGACGAUAUCCAAGCACAUUUCAAGGAUUUCGGGAACUUUAUCGCCAACAUUUCGAGUACACUCGAUAUCACAUCACCCACUGAAGCUUUUCUCAACUCAGUCAUACGGCAAGCAACCCCACCAAUUUACAAGGGCCAUGUGGUGUCAGUCUUCAUGGGCAAGGAUGUGACAGUAGACAAUUACAGAAAUGCGACUUCAUUUUGGGACAGAGCCAGCGGUCGAUCAGCGGUCUUUCUCCGAAAUCUUUUUGAACUCAUGCAUCGUCUUCGCCACAACCAAAUUCGCUCGUUACAACUGCCUACCUUUAUUAAUAUGUUCGGCGUAUCUCCCAAGAAUAUUACGACCAUUGCCUUACCGUACCUAUCACGGUAUCUUCGUAUCGUUCGUCCUGUCGUUAUUUGCGGCAUGUCAAACCUUGUGUUUACGAUGUUUCAUACCGACACGUUGGCGUCUUCAUGGCAUCCUACUUCGUCAACAUAUAUCAACUUUUUCGACAAGAUGGAAUCACCGCAACAGGAACCCGAAUCAGAAGAUACACUUAUCAGUCUAUUGAGCCUAAUUUACGACGGAAAAAUAUCAACGACACGACUCGGGACAUCGUAUACGCGACACAUUGGCGAACUUGCAAUAAUCCAGUAUGGACCCGACCCCGCAAACAUUUCGUUAUAUCUGCCUACCCGACAUGCUGGCUCAAUCAGUUAUGAUCCUGGAAAGGCCGCACUGGUGUCGCGAGAAAUUUAUCUGUCUCUUUGCUGUUACGAGGUGCUGAAUGCCAUUGUGUGCGAACGAUUGUCUCGAGGUGACUUUCGACCUUCGACAUCUGAAGAAAUGAUCACGUGGUAUAACGGUAUACGAAGGGAAUAUCGCGACAAAUUAAUGAAAGACGGCUUGUAUGAACAUUUGGAUUCAACAAAACGAGACUUGACGUUAUACAACAAAUCCGUGCUGUCGACCAGAUUAACGGCAGGAAAAAAGGCUCUCCAACGGGCGAACCUCACUAGCGACGACGAGGGGGAUGUCAGUAGCGAUGAGGAGGAGGAAACCUUACGGAUUGACGGUCGAUCAUCCCGACCUCGGAACGAAUUCCUUGGUGAACCAAACACGAAGCAACGUCAACAACAACUUGAGGAUCUAAAGUCACAGCAUCAGCAUUGUAUUGACCGGGGUUUGGUAUUCUCCUGUGUAGCUUGUCCACGGUCCAUGACACCCUUCACGGACGAAUUUGAUGCAUGGUUUCUCAGGGUCAGCGCAGGAAAAGACAUGCAGCGUGUGGCAGUGGCAACCGGCAACGAUCCGACCAAAGGUCUGUCACCUGAGGAACUGGAUGAGUAUUGCCGGGUCCGUCAACUUGGGAGGUACGGAGCGCGGGCCAACAAGGACAAGAACGCUUUGGAUCGACUGCAUAACGUCCUUCGGUUACUAUCCGACGAGCAACAAUGCAUGGGGCGGGUCAACGAGCGACAUCGAGCGCCAGGUCACUUUAAGAAAGCCGCGUGUCAGAAGUGCGAUGUGGAAUUUAUUAAGCACCAUAACACGAAGCAUGAGUGUGUAGUGGACGGUAGAACGCUCAUGACACAAAAAGACGGUUUAGUUCACACUCAUGUCUUUUACCCUCACGACAUCAUUGACGGCAGCGGUAUAAACAUUUCCCAGACGGACUUGGCGAUAUUGGGCAUACAAGAAUAUGAUGCAUCUACGAUUCUCAAUGAUAUCCAUUGGCGCCACAAAAACGACCGGACUCCAGGUUCCCUUGGUUUGGUCUAUGCGACUGGUUCCCCGUCCCAAAGAUUCUUGGUGACAAUGGCGGUCGACAAAGAUAUCUGCUCCAAUAAUUUCGAUUCUUCUCUCUCCGAUUCGUGGCUUCACGAGACGAAAUGUGCCGACCAUCUUGUCCAGCAUUUCACGGACGCAAACACGCGUGAUUAUCCCCUGGCAAAAUUGACGUGUGGCGUGAAACAAAUACCCGACUCGCCUUGCUCAUUCUUGUCAUACCGGAUACCAUGCCGACCUUCGGAACUCCAAAAGAAACGAGCACGAAACGAUGACGGGACGAGGAAGGUCAUAACCCCGGGAUUUUUUACAACAAGUCCACAGCACCAGCAUAAUUGUCACGAUGGAAAGCGAAGAAACAAAGCGACAGAGGUCCACCAGCCGUUUAUCCAGACCUUCCAUGAGUUACCUGUGCUGAUUCGUCGCUUUCUCUGGUGGAAAUCUCGGGGUGAAACAGAAGAAAGCGAUUGGUCCGAUAUUCUCUUGUCAUGGGGACAAGGCUGACACGAUUAGGUGUCCCUUUUUCGAUGGCUUUGUCUCUUGGAAUUAUUUUCUCUAUUGAUUUUUCUUUUCGUUUGGCUGCUCGCCCCUAUUUGCAUACGGGACUGUGCUGAUAAAUGGUCG